UUUGCGUUGCUGCCAACAAAUUUUCCCAACUUUGGUUGUGCGACAGGCGACAGGCGAAGCGAUGGUGCACGUUGAAGCGGCUGCGGUGGGGGACGAUGCGUGCAGCGUGUUUGUGGCACCAGGCGAUACGGUGGAGGUGGCGCCCGUGGAGGUGAAGGGGGAGAAGGACGCCGCGCUGAGGAUAGGGCCGGGCCUGACGGUGAUCCCAGAGACACAGCUGCGUGCCGCAGGCGUCCUUGACGGCGACGCUAGCAGCAGCGGCAACACGGCGAUGUUGCAGGUGGUGGUGCCCGGCGAUUUGCGCAGGAAGGGCAACAUGGUCUGGGUCGACGGCGUCCACAAGCGGGCGCUGCCGGCUGAAGGCGAUUAUGUGAUUGGGAUCAUCACGGGCACGCCUGGCGAAAACUACAACGUGGAUAUUGGCGGCUCCUGCAAUGCCACCCUUCACAACCUGGCGUUUGAAGGCGCAACAAAACGCAACCGCCCCAGAUUAAAGGUUGGCGAUCUCGUGUAUGCGAGGGUACAGCUCAUGCACAAGUACAUGGAACCAGAGCUCACAUGCGUACACGCCAGCGGCAAAGCGCAAGGGAUGGGCCUGCUGGAAGGCGGGUUUCUGUUUGAGAUCUCCCUCGGUCUCUCCCGCACGCUGCUGUCGCGUGGGUGUGCGGUGCUGCAUGCGCUCGGGGCGGAGCUGCCGUUUGAGAUCACCAUUGGCCGCAACGGGCGCGUGUGGGCCAAGGCGGCGCGCGCGUGCGAGACGAUGCUGGUGGUCAACGCCAUCAGGGCCAGCGAGCGCCUCAGCGCAAAGCACACGCGCGAGCUCGUCAAGGAAAUGGCCCGCAAGAUCAGAUCAUAGCGGCAGCGUGGAUGCGCGAGCGGAGGGUGUGUGCGUAGUGGUGGUGGUUGUGUGUGUGUGUGUGAGGUUGCUUCGUGUCUCUCUUCCUUCACAUCAAAUUGUUUCCAUGUCACGGUCUGCUGUGGCUGUGUCGAUCAUCAAAGUCUUGAUUAGUGAACGAACGACACACGUAAACGCGCCGACCAAG